CUUGGACAAAUCUCACUGAAACUAGAGAAAAAACAAAUGGCUACUCCAAUCAGAUUUAUAGCCUCAGCUCUCUCGGUAUUACUAUUUUUCUCAUCUCUAGGAGUCGUCACAGCAACAGAUAUUAAGCGGAACGAGGCGGAAGUGCGGCUGAUGUACGAGCAAUGGCUCGUGGAGAAUCGGAAGAACUAUAAUGGUUUUGGAGAGAAAGAGAGACGAUUCAAGAUCUUCAAAGAAAACUUAAAGUACAUAGACGAACACAAUUCUGUUCCGAAUCAGACUUUUGAAGUAGGGUUGACCCGGUUCGCAGAUCUAACAAAUGAUGAGUUUAGAGCUACUUACUUGAGGAAAAACAUGGAAAGAACUAAAGAUUCAGUGAAAGCUGAAAGAUAUUUGUACAAAGAAGGAGAUAUUUUGCCUGAUGAAAUCGAUUGGAGAGACAAAGGUGCAGUUGUAACAGUCAAAGAUCAAGGAAACUGUGGAAGUUGUUGGGCGUUUUCGGCGAUUGCAGCGGUUGAAGGGAUAAACCAGAUCACUACUGGAGAGUUAAUAUCUUUGUCGGAGCAAGAACUCAUUGACUGUGACAGAGGCUUUGUCAACGCUGGAUGUGAUGGAGGUAUCAUGAACUAUGCUUUUGAGUUCAUAAUGAAAAACGCUGGUAUUGAGUCAGAUCAAGAUUACCCUUAUACCGCCAACGAUCUUGGCUUGUGCAAUACCGAUAAGAAUAACAAGUCUCGUGUUGUUACCAUUGAUGGCUAUGAAGAUGUUCCUAGAGACGAUGAGAAGUCUUUGAAAAAGGCUGUUGCUCAUCAACCUGUUAGUGUUGCCAUUGAAGCUAGUAGCCAAGCUUUCCAGCUUUACAAAUCUGGUGUGAUGACAGGAACAUGUGGGAUAUCUUUGGACCAUGGUGUGGUAGUGGUUGGGUAUGGAACCUCAAGUGGUGAAGAUUACUGGAUCAUUCGUAAUUCAUGGGGAUCGAAUUGGGGAGAAAACGGUUACGUUAAGCUCCAACAUAACAUCGAUGAUUCAUUUGGGAAAUGCGGUGUAGCAAUGAUGCCUUCUUACCCGACCAAAUCAUCAUUCCCAUCGUCAUUUGAUUUGUUGUCUGAGAUUUGAUUUGAUUUGAUCUUUCUGUAAAUGAUUAAGAACUAAUUUCAAUAUUUUACGAUUGAUUCAUUAUCCAUUCUCAUUGUGUGGGAUUGCAUGAGUGCUCUAUAGUUAGUCAAAAACUGCAUGAUCAAACGAUAGUGAGGCGGAUAUAGAAGCUAGCUUGUUUGUCAAGGCAUUGUAGUAUAUAUUUAUCCAAGUCUUUGUUUGCCAUUUCAGUAAUUCCCUGGCCAAAAUGGUUUUGCUUGAUCAUUGAUCAGACAUUGCUACGAAGUAGUAUUAUUGUAAACACCUGAAGUAGCCAAAGACAUUUGUUUCGUUUUUGCGGAUCCAAGACCAAGAGAAAAGUUAGCUUAAUCACCCAUAAAGAAUAUAAGUACAGCUUUAAG